GCCCCUCAAAAAAGGCUCAGACUCGUUAAUCUCUAUCAGCUCCUCCAAAAGAAGCAAAUUAGGGUUUCUACGAUUGUCCUUUACCACCGUUUGGUUGUCGAGAAAAUCCGGGAAAAGGAGAAAGAAAUGAAUCGGAAGUGUUGGAUCUUGGAUUUUCGGUUCUUUUGGAUCGAUUUUUAGUUUUCUCAUUCACAUGUAAUUAUGAAGCCUAAAUUUUCCCAGCAAAAAAAUUAUAAAACCUAAAUUUCGGAGUUAUUUUUUCUCAUAGAUUUCUAGGUUUCCAAACGGAGAUUUUUUGUUUGUAUUUUGAUGCUGAGGUAACAAAGGUAAAGAAACAUAAACAGUCUCUUUGUCCGUAUUGAUACAAGAUUAUUCACAUACUUAUAAUUAGAGCUGUUGAUAGAGAAUUAAUACUUUUUCGAGUCUUAAAAUGGGAAUUUUAGAAUUCUACUUAGAAACCUAAGUGAUAGAAUUUUUUUCCAGAUUUGAAUGCUAUGAUUUUUUCGUUUUUACUCGAAGUCUUGGGUUUCUGCUACACAUCCCCUGCCGUGUGGAGUAUUUACUGCUUGCUAUUAUGACUUCAAAUAAUAGUGAUAUAGCUGAUUUUUGGAAGUUUAAUGGUAGUUUAUGGUCGUAUGAUUAAUGUGUAAUGCACAAGCAGACUGGAAAUCCAACUUUUUUGAAUAAAUUCAUAGUUUUGUUGUUUUUUAUAUAUAACUUUAUGGUGUAAAACAUUUAUUGUUUAUUGGCUGGCAAGUGAUAGUUGGUUGCCGUUGGGAUAAUUGAUGGAAUAUUACUGGUCUUGCAUCUUGAUCAAAUGAUGCUUCUUUUGGCCGCUUCUAUUACCUAAAAUGGCCCCUUUAUGUAACGGAUUUCUGAAGAUGUCUACGUAUAAUGUACAGCUGGAGUAAUUUGAUAUCGAUGGGAUGUUCAAUUUCACGUGUGUAUAGUAAUUCCGUAAAAGCUUAACAGCAUUUCACACUCCGCCCUUGCUUAGGGGACAUUGAUUGAUACUUCAAUUAUGGGAAAUUAAUACCGAGUGUUAUAUCGUAUUGAUGUCAUUUCACUCUUUGUUGUUUAGUUUUUUAGGGCAACUCCAGAUGGCAGGCAGAAACCGCAUUCCUCGUGAGGCGUUUGAUAACCGACGCGGCUAUCCCCCAGAAGGACCUCUUGUUCGGGGUCCAUUGCCUCGACCAGUGCCGCCUCAUCCUGCUUUGUUGGAAGAAGAACUUGAAAUACAACAUGUUGAAAUUCGGAGGCUUUUGGGUGAAAAUCGGAGGCUGGUUGAAGAUCGAAUAGCUCUGCAACGAGAAUUAGGUGUUACUAGGGAGGAACUUCAUCGGAUGAAUAUGGCCAUUGCUGAUAUGCGUGCGGAACAAGAACUGCAUUCGAGGGAACUUAUUGAAAGAGGUUUGAAGCUGGAAGCUGAUCUUCGUGCUACAGAGCCUUUGAAAAAUGAGGCUACACAACUCCGUGCUGAAGUUCAGAGGCUGAAUACCUUUAAGCAGGAUCUAUCUGGGCAAGUUCAGACCCUCACGCAAGACCUUGCAAAACUGCAAGCUGAUAACAAGCAGAUUCCGCUUUUAAGAGCAGAGAUUGAUGGAAUGCACCAGGAGCUUAUGCGUGCGAGAAAUGCUAUUGACUAUGAAAAGAAGGCAAAUAUUGAGCUGAUGGAACAGAGACAGGCAAUGGAGAAGAACUUGGUUUCCAUGGCACGGGAAGUUGAAAAGCUACGUGCUGAACUUGCAAAUUCUGAGGGUAGACCAUGGGGUGCUGGUGGACCAUAUGGGAUGAAAUUCAACAGCCCAGAGGGGGGUUUCCCCACUCCUUAUGGAGAUGGAUAUGGAGCUCAUAUGGGUGCUGCUGACAAGGGUCCUCUGUAUGGUCACGGUUCUGCUUCAUGGGGAGGACUCGAGAAACCUCGCAUGACUCGUCGCUGA